GGUGUUCCUCAUACUCCUAGGCUCUGUUCUCCGUGUAAACGCAAAGAGGCAAAGGUGUAGGGAAAUCGUUUUCGCAUAUAUGUCAAUCUUGUAUUUAGGCACUAAUAAUUGUGACUAAAAAAGUAAACAAGCUGUCAGUUAGCCCAGCCUUGCCCAAAGAUGUCAGACAGCUCAUCGCCUACCAAAUCGAGUUUGAGUGAUUUGCGACAGUUUCGCAUCAAUAAAAAUACAGCCGUCUCCUCAGGCCAGGCUAAAACUGAGAGAGUUCCUGGCAAGAAACGAAUCCAGGUAAUGGCAGACAGUGACAGCGACGGUGCCGACAGCCAUGUGACGAAGAAGACCAAGCUGGAGCUGACUGUAAAAGAAAAGGAGGAACGCUACAUGGCAGCUGCGAAAAUAUCGCCGCAGUAUGAUACAAUGGCCGUUCAGGAGUCGCUUUCGCGCUCGAACUGGGAUGUGGCAGCCUCCAUACGAUAUCUGAGAGAGCACUGCAAGCCGAAGGGGCAAAAUGGUCCCUUGGUCAAGCCUAAACUGCAGCCAAGCUCACAUUCCAGCAGGGCACCGGCCUACUCGGACGGCGAAUGCUCGGACGAUGAAGACGUCAAGCAGUCCAAGGAUCAGGUCUACGACAGUGAUGACAGCGACUCCGAGAUGGCCACCAAGAUGACUGGCCAGCGCAAGAAGGUGUUCCAGUUCAUGAACGAGGCUACCAUCGUGGAGCUGCAGUCGGUGAAGACGCUCUCCGAGAAGAAGGCGACUCUGAUCAUUGAGCAGCGGCCAUUCGGUGACUGGGCGGGGCUGCGCAAGAAGCUGGAGAGCAUCCGGAUGUCGGGCGAUCUGCUGAACUAUGCCCAGGAUCUGAUCAACAAGCAGAACACGGUCGCUACAAUCUUGAACAAGUGCAACAAUAUGGUGUCGCGUCUGGAGAAGGCCAUCUCCAAUGGUGGCGGUAUCGUGGACCAGCCCAAGAUGCUGACCAGCGGAAUGCAGUUGGCCGACUAUCAGAUAAUAGGCCUCAAUUGGCUCACUGUGAUGCACAAACAGGAGAUGAACGGCAUCCUGGCGGACGAAAUGGGUCUGGGCAAGACCAUACAGGUGAUUGCCUUUCUGGCCUAUCUGAAGGAGAAAGGUCUCAGCAAAGCAGCCCACCUGAUUGUAGUCCCCUCCUCUACUCUGGACAACUGGGAGGCCGAGAUCGCGCGAUGGUGUCCCACUCUGGUGGUAGAGAAGUAUCAUGGCUCGCAGGACGAGCGCAGGAGGAUGCGUGGACGGUAUGCCAAGGACGGCUUCACUGGCUUCGAUGUCCUGCUGACAACCUACCAUAUCGUUGGCUCCACGCCCGAGGAGAGGAAAAUGUUCCGGGUGUGCAAGCUGGACUACGUCAUCUUCGAUGAGGCGCACAUGCUGAAGAACAUGACCACGCAGCGGUAUGCCAACCUCAUAACCAUCAACGCCCGAAUGCGCAUUCUGCUAACCGGCACACCCCUGCAGAACAACCUGCUGGAGCUGAUCUCCCUGCUGUGCUUCGUGAUGCCCAAGUUUUUCGCGAAGAGCAUCGAGGAUAUCAAAUCGUUGUUUGUCAAGAAGAACAAGACCGACGGCGACCAGGAGGAGGUGUCCCAGUUUCAGGAAACACAAAUACAGCGGGCCAAGCGCAUCAUGAAGCCCUUUGUACUCCGGCGCCUCAAGAAAGAUGUCCUCAAACACCUGCCCAAAAAGCAAAGCUUUGUGGAAAAAGUCCCGAUGAGCAGCAAACAGAGAGAGUACUACCACGAGGUGGUCGACUAUUAUUCCAAUAACAAAGGCGUCGUGUGCAGCGGCGGCGAUCGGGCUGGCAUCACCAUCAUGAUGGAGAUGCGGCGCUGUGCCAAUCAUCCGCUGCUGAUGCGCCACUACUUUACCGACGAGCAUCUGCGCGGCUUCUCCAAGCGCCUGGCACGCGCCACAACCUACAAAAAGACCAACGAGCAGUACAUUUUCGAGGAGCUGGCCAUCAUGUCCGACUUCCAGGUCUAUCAGCUUUGCAACAAGCAUGAAAUGACCGACGUGAGGAUACCGGAUGAACUGAUAUGCGAUUCGGGUAAAUUCGAGUUCCUGGACACCCUGCUGCCGAAGCUGAAGGAGGAGGGACACCGGGUGCUGCUCUUCAGCCAGUUCACCAUGAUGUUGGACAUUGUGGAGGAGUAUAUGCGCAUACGAAAGCAUGGAUUCUGCCGCCUGGACGGCGCCACCGCCGUGAAGGAGCGACAGGAUCUCAUCACGGACUUCAAUGUGGAUGACAAUAUCUUUGUGUUUCUGCUAUCCACAAAGGCCGGCGGCGUGGGCAUCAACCUGACGGCUGCCGACACCUGCAUCAUCCACGACAUUGACUUCAAUCCGUACAACGACAAGCAGGCCGAAGAUCGGUGUCAUCGCAUGGGCCAGCAGCGGCCAGUCACUAUCUACCGCCUGGUGGCGGAGAGCACCAUCGAGGAGGGCAUCCUGAUGGCCGCCGAAGAGAAGCUAAAGCUAGAGAAGGAGAUCACCUCCACCGAGAAGGGCGAGGGCGAGGUACACGAGCAGCGGUGCGUCGUCAAACUCCUAACCAUGGCCCUGGGCCUCGACAAGGACCAGCAGGAGCAGUUAUCCAACUCACUUAACAACUCUCUGGCCACGCCCACAAAGUAGUUAUCCUCCCCGCCCAGUCCACACAAUCCUUAAACCAUCAUCCAUAAUUUUUUCAUAGUUUAAGCAAUCAAUAGUUGGUUUUUAAUUUAUAGUUUCACCUGUAUGCAUGCUAGAUGGAAUGUAACCAGAGAUUUAUACGAGUAUAUGUGGCACACCCCCGAUAAGGGGCAGCUUUCUAACCAUAAAAGAUAAUUCCAUGAUAUGAUAUGUAAAUUAAGGCAGACCAGAUAAAUGUUUUCCAUCGAUCCGAAGACCGCUGAUUCAUACAGUGGAUUAGGAUUGUUCAUUUCGCAUUGAUUUUCAUUCUUUUACUAUGUUUUUUACUAAGCUGAACGAUUUGUUGUAACUUAUAAGUAAAAAGAACUAUUGUGCAUUGAGAACUAAA